GUGACAUUGAUUAAUGUUUGUUGGCUGCAAAAUCAGGGUCUCGAACAACCAACGUAGCGCGGUUUCGUGGAAAUUCGAAACCGCAAAUGGAUUCGUUAGAGGAUUUUCUCGAUUUCAAUUUCAUCCAUGGUUCCCCGCCUGCCCCCGCCGAUUUCCUUUGGUCCAAUCAAAGUGGGAGCACGGAAAUUGAAUUUUCAGGUGGCGGUGCUGUCGACUCUCAAAAUAACACCAGGAAGAGGGGUCGCACUAAUUCAUGUAGCGAGGCAGGAACAAAAGCUUGCCGCGAGAAGAUGCGGAGGGAGAGACUCAAUGAAAGAUUUUGUGACUUGAGCUCUGUCUUGAAACCUUGGAGACCUGUCAAAACUGAUAAGCUGGCGAUACUUGAUGAUGCUAUCAGAGUCUUGAAGCAACUUGAAACUGAAGCUCAGGGACUCAAAGAAACAAAUGAAAAAUUAUUAGAGGAAAUAAAAUGUUCAAAGGUAGAGAAAAACGAUCUUCGUGAAGAGAAACUUGUUUUGAAAGCAGAUAAAGAAAGGAUCGAGAGGCAGUUGAAAGAUUUUUCGGUUUCACCUGCAGGGUUUAUGGCUCCCAAUGUUGCUGCUUUUCAAGCAGGGGUCAAAAAGAUGGCUGUUUUUCCAAACUAUGGUUAUAUCCCAAUGUGGCAAUGUCUUCCCCCAGCUACCCGUGAUACAUCCCAAGAUCAUGAGCUCAGGCCUCCUGCUGCAUAGUUUACUCGUAUUACUGAUCAUUAGAUGAUUUUACAUGCAUUUUUUUAGUAUGGCAUUUUUUUUCUCCUCUGAAGUAUUGACAUUUAAACAGUGUCAAUGCUUCUAAUUUUCUGGUUUAUUUACUUUAGCUAAUAAAUGUGGAAAAAUAGGCUAGAAGUAUUCUUUGAUGGCAAUGACAUGAAAACUAGUGAUGUCCAUUUCAAAUUUUCCUGUUGAUCACUUCCUUCAUAGUA